GAAUGUUGAUAGUUUUUGAGGUUAGGAAAAUAAUUUUGUUGACAGUUUGUUAUUUCUUGUCUGGAUGUCUCCACAAUAAUAAUUAUUACUAAUUAAUAGAUAGCUUGCAAUCUUAUUCAGUUUUAAAAUACUUUAAAAUCAUUCUUUUAUAAAAAAGCAGUAGUUUUUAUAUUGAACUAGUGAUACUUCAUUGGAAUCAUAAAAUGAAUCUUGAGUUAUUGGAGUGCUUUGGCCAAAACUACCCUGAAGAGUUUGAUGGAUCAUUGGAUUGUAUUUCUCUAGCAGUGACUUGUGCAUUUAAUAAGUAUGGAACCCUUUUAGCUGUUGGUUGCAAUGAUGGACGUAUUGUCGUGUGGGAUUUUUAUACAAGAGGAAUUGCAAAAAUUAUUAGUGCUCAUAUGCAUCCCGUUUGUUCCAUCAGCUGGUCUAGAAAUGGUCAUAAACUACUGAGUGCUUCAACAGAUAAUACAGUUUGUAUAUGGGAUGUAUUAACUAGUGACUGUGAUUUGAAGUACAGAUUCCCUUCCCCAGUAUUGAAAGUGCAGUUUCAACCGCGUAAUGACAAGGUGUUCUUGGUCUGUCCAAUGGGUCACGCUGCCGUCAUUGUUAACACUGAUGGUAAUCAUGGAAUUGUUCCUCUUGGCGAAGAGAGUGAUUUAGCUAUUGUAGCUUCAUUUGAUCGACAGGGAAGUCACAUUUACACAGGCAAUGCUAAAGGCAAAAUUCUCGUUUUUUCAUGUCCAGAGUUAACAUUAAAAGCGUCUUUCAAAAUUGCACCCAGCGCUACGGCUGUAAAGAGUAUUGAGUUUGCUAGGAGAGGUGAUUGUUUUCUUGUCAAUACUGCAGAUAGGGUUAUACGUGUUUAUAAUAGUAAGGAAGUGCUAACUUGCGGCACUGAUGGGGAACCUCAACCAAUACAAAAACUACAAGAUCUAGUCAAUAAAACAAUGUGGAAAAAAUGUUGUUUCUCUGGUGAUGGCGAAUAUGUUUGUGCGGGAUCUGCAAGGCAACAUGCUCUCUACAUUUGGGAAAAGAGUAUUGGAAAUCUGGUCAAGAUACUGCAUGGUCCAAAAGGAGAAUUACUUCUAGACGUAGUCUGGCAUCCCGUUAGACCAAUAGUAGCUUCAAUUUCAAGUGGUGUGGUCUCUGUUUGGUCACAAAAUCAAGUAGAAAAUUGGUCGGCUUUUGCCCCAGACUUUAAGGAGUUGGAUGAAAAUGUUGAGUAUGAAGAAAGAGAAUCAGAAUUUGACCUGGAAGAUGAAGAUAAAUCUGUCACUGCUGGUCCGGAAGACAAGGAUGAAGAUCUCGAUGUUGAUGUUACAAGUGUUGAUCCUGUAGCUGCAUUCUGCAGCUCUGAUGAAGAAAAUGAAGACCCGCAUGGACUCCAAUUUCUCCCCAUUGCUCCAGAGGUGGAAGAUUCCGAUGAAGAUGGAACAACAAACCCUUCAGCUCAAAAUGAAAAUAUUGAACCUGUACACCCACCUGCAAAAAAGGCCAAGUUCCGGGAGUAUGAAAUUCAUCUGGAAGGGACCAACACCGAUGCUCCUCAUCCAUUACUCAGCUCUCGUACCAAGGAAAAGCACACUUCUGGUGGCAAGAAGGGUCACAUGAAGAAAUUCAAGUGAAUUACAGGCAAUCGCUUUCCAACUCAAUUACCUUACAGUAAUUAACUUGCUUAUUGCAUAAACUAUUAUUCCAUUUUUGGCUUAGGCCUAUUGCAUGUUAUUUUUUAUGGAUUUUCUCAAGAAGUAUUUCUUUUGUGGACAAUAUCUUACUCAUGAAUGUGAUUGAAUUGAGUUUUAAAUAUCAAGACGGAUGUUUUAUCAUUCAUUUCACUUGUGAGAUGAAAAAUUCAUAAAAGUCUAUAGAUCAUUUAAUUUCACAUUUCUUAGUACGGUAGUUAUUUUUUAAAUAGAUACAGUAGCUAUUUGAUUACAUAAGAGAAAUACUACUGGAUUCAAGAAAUGCUGAGUGUGAUGGUUUGCUUGAGGUAGUGCCAUAUUAUUUGUUCAUGAUUAUUAACAUACCGUACUAAAGUUCUGUAUGAUUUAGCAUAAUUAUUUGUUUAUUCAUAAUUAUAGAAUUACAAAUCAUGAUCGUACAUUCCUAUUAUAUUUCUUGAGAUGGUACAAGACAUUUAUUCCAUCUAUUUGAAUAGGCUCAGCUAGGUAUCCAACAUUUUUUAUUGAAAAAUACCGAUUUUUUUAGUAAAAAGAAUAAUAUUAUAUAAUGCUCACUUGUGACUUGAAAACAUCAAUUCUAUAUUAUUAUUCCAUAAAUCAUCAAAUUCUCACAUUCCUGGUAAAUAUUUAUGUCUAUAACUAAUAAAAUGAUAGUCUUAUAUUUUAUAGAAUAACAUAAUCCAAUAUGUACUUUUACUAUAAACUAUUUAUGUAUCAGGUUGCCAUAUUUUGCAUUCAUUAUUACAGUAUUAGUUUUUUUAUUAGCUUAUUCGGUUUGUUUUUGUAUUUUUUUCGCUUAAGAUGAUACCCACAUGAGCUCUAGUCUUGUGCAUUUGUUACAUUAUCGAAAAAUUGAUCUCAUAUUUUGAAGUCUUUUGAUAUUUUCGUCCAUUAAGCUCUUUUAUCAAACUUUAUAACAUUUGCGGCUAAACAUGACAAUUUUUUCGGGUAUGGGAACUAAAAUUGUAGAGGUGGAGGGGUUGCGUCAUUGGGGUCAAUUUAGGUUUCAUAAAACGCUUUGAUAACCUUUGUUCAGCAUCUGAACAAUGAUUCCUUAGAUUAAUGACCUGCAGGAUUCAAUUUGACUGAUUAGUAUUAAAAUUAAUAAUAAUUUAUGUUUGCUACUGUGGGUUCAUUUGAAGUAGGUUUUAGCUCAUAACAUACCGUACAAGAUUAAUUAUUUUUCCUUCUCUAGUGAAUGCGUUAUUUUUCAAAUAGUACUUUUUUCUUUAUCAUUGGUACCGUAUAUGAAAAUUUCAUGUACUGCAAGAGAAAUAAUUUACAAGAAAAAAUAUUACUAAAUCACAAAUUUAGGAGGUAUUGAACUAAUUUACGAGGAUAUGCUCGCUAUAUAUAUAUUCCAAGUAAGUCAUACUCCUAUUUCUUUAGCAUAAUUCAAUAAUAUUUCAAAUUUUAAUAAUUAUAAACCUUUCGGUGUCAAAAGGAACAUGUAGCUUUCUUUCGUGAAUUAUUUUUUCAAUGACAAUAUUUUUUAAUCAGGUAAAUCAGGUACUAUUCAACUUAUUCAUAAACUAUUAAAUGAAUCAAUCCAUCAACUUAUGAGAAAUUUACAUAAACGAUUAAUAUUUCACUGUAAAUUAUCUUUUUUUAAAUCCCAAAUUAGGUCAAUAUUCAAUCUGAUUACAUUUUUAAUAUUUCAGAAUUGUAGUAAAAAGAGCUCCUUUACCCUUUUUAUUAUAAAAUACUACUUGAUUAAAAUGCAGUUUAGAGUAUGUUAUAGAAUUUACAAAUUCAACUUAUAGUUAGGUCAAGUCUAUUGGAACAUUGUGUUAGAAUAACAAUAUAGUAACAUAUAAUUUUAAUGUGCAAUUAAUGUAUGUGAGUGAUUUUAAUAUAGCGAUAUUAAUUUAGGAUCUUUGGUGUUCCUUUAAAUAUUUGAUUAGAGUAAUAGUUGAUUAUAUUAAUGUUUCUACUUUUUUUGUAAUAUGAUAAUAGAUUAUUCAUUACAUUAGAAAAUUGUCAACUUGUCAUGAUAGCUGUAAAGCUCGAAUCUGAAUAUAACUGUGAUGUUUACCUUGUGUUCUUUUGUGCAUGGAUAAUAAAUGUUUGUGCAGUAAACAAAGACAAAA